AUGGCUAGUAUUACUAAUUUGAACAAACCAAAAGACGCGUUUGAACAACUCGAAGACGAGCACGGAGCGCGUCAGGGUUUCUGUCAUAUCCGAAUUCAGCAACGUACCGGCCGAAAAACUAUUACCACUGUCCAAGGUGUAGGAACAGAAUACGAUCUUAAAAGAAUUGUAAGAUUCCUUAAGAAGAAGUACAGUUGUAACGGUACAAUUGUGGAACAUCCAGAAUAUGGUGAGGUUAUGCAGUUGAGUGGUGACCAAAGGCAACAGAUUAAAGAUUUCCUUGUAAAUGUCGGUAUUGUAAAGGAGGAAAACUGCAAAGUGCACGGUUUCUGA